AUGUCGCUGUCGGAAUGCGCAGCGGUCGAGUUGUCGCCGGCGGACUCGUAUCCCAGCCCGCCCACGUCGCCGCAGUCAGCAAAGCGGACUGCCGCAGUAGCCCCGGGAAAAAACAUAACGAAAGCAACGCUCGACGCUGCCGUCGAUUCUGUUGCAUCAGCAACAGCACCAGCGUCGCAAAAGGAGUAUGCCCGCCCAGUCACUCCGGCCGAAUCCACGGCGUCGGGCGAUGAAGACCCCCAAGCCGCGGAAGAAGCUCUGAAGCUGAGGACUUGGAAGAUAGCGCUAUCUCUUGCCGACAUGAGAUGUGGCGCCACUCGAAAGGACAAUAAGUCCUGUGAGAACAAGAUAUCAGCAAAGAAGGCAGACCGAAUGAACGAUGUCGUCAAGCUGCUCUGGGUCCCGAGCAACACGUCGAUGGAAGUCGAGACACAUCUCGAUAGUCUUGCCAAGCUGGCUCACUGCUAUUACCAUGACCAUCCACCAGCGCGAGAAGCUCGAAUUAGUAAGUGGCUGGUUGUGCUGCCGGGUCAGCCUCGCCCGCCAUCACUCCAAAAGCGUCUGCGAAACAUUUUGGGGUCCGCGCCGACCAAGUGUACAUCUUUGAAAAAGGAUGGCAAGAAUUGCGGCAACGCGGUAGGACGGGAAAAGCGAUUUUAUUGCGACAAGACGAUCACGAAGAUGAUACGCAUGGCAAUGGCGCCUCAGGACGAAGAUGACCCCCUAAUGCUCCUUACCAAGGUUAUGCAGCACUAUAUGUUGUGUCAUGUGCAUCGCGCGCCGCCUUACAAGCAACAAGACGAGUGGACGAGGCGCAUAAGCAAGUUCCGUGCGGCCUGUCAGAACGAGAUGAACGCGAGGAAUAAAGAGAGCAAAUCAUCGAAACGGCCGACAGAGAAGGAAGAAAUCACGAGAAAUAAUACCAACUCAAGCAAACUCGCAUCGCCUCCGCCGACGCCAAGAAUUCAAAGGGUGGACGACGACCCAGGCACCUACUGGGAUACUGGGUACGAGACAAGCCGAUUUGACGUUCUUGGAAAAUGCGACAUGGUCGACGAGAGCAAAUCCACUUUUGACGAAAUUCGCGACAUUACCCGAGAGCUGCUGAAUACUGAUACCGAAAGGUCCGAGAACGAAGUCAACGACGGCUUCGUCUACCUUUACCAAGUCCCCGGCAACGAGCACCUCGUCAAGAUUGGCUUCACCACCGGCAGCGUCGCCGCGCGACUCGAAAAGUGGAAAAAGGACUGCCAUCGCGAGCCGGCCGCCGUAUAUCCCACGGCCAUGACGUGCACGGCCGCGGUGCCGCAUGCCCACCGCGUCGAGCGGCUUGUGCACGCGGAGCUCAUGGAGCACCGCGUGCGGCUGUACUGCGAGCGCUGCGGCAAGCAACACGUGGAGUGGUUCGAGGUGCCGGCGGAGGAUGCGGUCAGGGUGAUUGAGAAGUGGUGCGGCUGGAUGCGCACAAGACCGUACGUGAAGAGGGAGACAAGGGAGGGGGUGAAGUGGUACUUGAAGGAGGCGGAGGCGAAGCGCCUAUCUGACGUGGCAAAGUUUUUGAAAGAGUUGCAGAGCGAUAUUGAAGAGAGAAAAGAUUUAUAG